UGUCUUGCUCGUCGUUCGCAAUGAUGGAAAGACUCGGCGGCCUAGCAAAAUUCAAGUCCUCGUGCCCCUUCCUUGCUCGCACCAAGUCGACCACCCUCCGCACCCUAUGCACCAAAGCGUCGCCCCGCUACCCGACGCUUUCCAAGCUGACCGUUAAGGCAACGGGCUGCCCCGUCAUGGGUCCUGCCCUCCAGAUGCGGUCUGGCCAGAUCGUCGCUGGCUAUGCCAGCGUUGCCGGCAGCGCCGACUUCACCAAGAUCCACCAGAACAAGGGCGUCGACACAACCUCCGCCGAUAUUGCGAUGUGCCCGCACGCUUCUAAGGCCCUGGCCGCCGCUCGCAUGGCGGAGGACCUCGCGAGGGCCAAGUCCAAGGCGGACAAGGAGGCGUCGUCGAAGGCAUCCACCUCCAAAGCGAACGCCGGGUGUCCCUUCCACACCGCGUCCGCAGAGAGUGCGCGCAAGGCCCCCACCCCGGGUGGCUUCGAUUAUGAAAGGUUCUACGUGGAGGAGUUGGAGAAGAAGCAUCAGGACGCGUCUUACCGCUACUUUAACAACAUUAACCGCAAGGCCGACAAGUUCCCCAUCGCGCACACCGGGAACGUGAGGGAGGAGGUGGAGGUGUGGUGUGCUAACGAUUAUCUUGGCAUGGGGAAUAAUCCAGUUGUAUUGGAGACCAUGCACCGCACUCUUGACAAGUACGGACACGGUGCCGGUGGAACGAGAAACAUUGCCGGUAACACGGGUAUGCAUCUGGCGCUCGAGGAAGAACUUGCGCAACUCCAUCGCAAGCCCUCCGCACUUGUCUUCUCGUCGUGCUAUGUCGCGAACGAUGCCGCCUUGACGACGCUGGGCUCCAAGCUGCCUGGCUGUGUCUAUUUUUCCGACUCGAUGAAUCAUGCGUCGAUGAUUGUUGGGAUGAAACAUUCGGGUGCUAAGCGCGUCAUUUUCAAACACAACGACCUGGAAGACCUCGAGGCGAAGCUCGCCUCGUAUCCCAAAGAGACCCCGAAAAUCAUCGCGUUCGAGAGCGUCUACUCCAUGUGCGGCACCAUCGGUCCUAUCGCCGAAAUCUGUGAUCUUGCCGAGAGAUACGGUGCUUUGACAUUCUUGGACGAGGUGCACGCCGUUGGUCUCUACGGCCCUCACGGUGCUGGAGUCGCUGAGCACCUUGACUGGGAGGCGCAAAAGGCCCAAGGCAUGAAUCCCGAGCCGAUCAAGGGUUCAGUCAUGGAUCGCGUCGACAUCAUCACUGGUACACUUGGCAAAGCUUACGGCGCUGUUGGCGGCUACAUUGCGGGCUCUACCGACAUGGUCGACAUGGUUAGAUCCUAUGCUUCAGGCUUUAUCUUCACAACAUCGCUUCCACCCGUGAACAUGUCCGGUGCUCGUGCCAGCAUCUCCUACCAGCGUCACUUCACCGGUGACCGUCAGCUGAAGCAGAUCAACGUCCGUGACUUGAAGUCUCGAUUUGAGGCUCUCGACAUUCCUGUCAUCCCCGGCCCUUCCCACAUCGUUCCUGUCCUCGUCGGUGACCCGGUCCUUACCAAGCAGGCAUCAGACACGCUACUUGCCAAGCACCGCGUCUACGUCCAGGCGAUCAACUACCCCACUGUCGCCCGUGGCGAGGAGCGUCUCCGGUUCACUGUCACCCCCGGCCACACUGUCGAGCAGAUCGCCAGACUCGCUACCGCUGUCGACAGCACGUUCAAGGAGCUCAACAUCAAACGCACUACGGACUGGAAUGCUCUUGGAGGCCACGCCAACGUUGGCAUGCUGGAUGCUCGGCCUAUCGAGCCCAUCUGGACUGACGAGCAGAUCGGUUUGAUCGACGGCACGGCACCCAAGACGUUGAAGACUGGUCAGAGGCGGGUUGUGGAUCAGAAGGCCAUUCAGGUUACGCGCAAGAAGUUUAACGACUUGCUCGGUCCCUACAUCGAGCCUUCUAAGGCGUCGUUCGCCAACCCCGUCUCGCUCGAGAUCCCCACUGCCUCUCUCCAUACUCCCACCCCCGUUGCUGCUUCUGCUUGAGAGCUAGCAGAUGACUCGUAGACGAUUCGUCCUGCAUAGCUUAACUUCCGUCGAACUGUCUCUGCUAAAGAUAUGUCAUUCAGAUAGUGUGUAGCCCAGCGAAGAACUGGAAGUGCCGAGUCAUCACGGCGUAGGAAUUUGCAACGAUGAUUGAUUCGACGCGUUGUACAAUGUCUCCCACGUGUGUUGGACAGUCAGAACCGUUUGUCGAG